GUCAAUUGCUUAAAAUGUUUAUAAAUACUGGCAAAGCUUCUAUGGUGUAUGCAGUACGCUUACCUGGCAGCGGAAUACAGAAUUUAAAGAGAUACACAGCCGUUCAACCUUUUCAUACGAGCUCUAAAAUACAAAAUUAUGCCGCCGCUGCUGCUCUCCCUCUCCCGAUCAACGUGGAUGCUGCUGAGACAACACGCUUCUCACCACAGCGCUCCAGAGACAUCACUUGCACAGUAAUGAUGGCACAGGCACCCAUCUCAACCAUCGACAUUACCACGGAUAACAGCAGCAGCGCCAGCCUGUCCGGUUCAGGGUACCAGGAUCCCCAUGUCCAGUCGUACGACUGCUUCGGAUCCAUCAGCCUUAAUUCGGUGAUGCAGAGCAAUGUUCCCACACCAUUUGGAGGAAUGCACAAGUUCUCGCAUCUCAACAUGCCUGGAGGGCAGUGGUCGCAGGAAUAUAAGUUUACAUCGCAGAACCUCCAUAGCUCCCAUUACAGCUCUCUUCGUGAUAGCGCUCGUGCAGAUUGGGGAAGCUACGAUCAGAAUGCAACCCUUGGAACCAGCAGAGGCGUUUCUACCCGACGCAACUAUAGUACACAUUCUGCGCCACCCUCUUCCGAAACGACUCCACCGCCGGCGAGUUCAGCAACAAAAGAUCCCCCAACGGAAGCUAAAUUGACGAAAAAAGAGAAACUGAAGCAGGCGUUCAAGGAGUAUGGCACUACCAUAAUAACAUUCCAUGUGGGCAUCUCUUUAAUUUCGCUUGGAGGCUUCUAUUUACUGGUGUCCAGUGGAAUAAAUUUGGUGCCCGUUCUGGAAUUCCUCGGAAUUACCUCAACUGCGAUUGCGGAGAAGGUGGCCACUGGCAGCACCUUUGUGGUGGCCUAUGCCGUUCACAAAGUUUUUGCUCCUGCCAGAAUAAGCAUUACGUUAGGCGCCACUCCAUUUAUUGUACGCUUUCUGCGCUCAAAGGGAUUCCUGAAGUCAAAAUCUAACAGCACUUAGUGCCAUUCGAAAACAUAUACAACAUACAUACAUACAUAUAUAUCCUCGUUAUCAGUAUACCAUGAUUUAUACAUAUUUUAUCCCUGCAUGCAAGGUGAUCGUUAUUCGCAGAAUAAAUAAAUAAAAAAAAUAAAA